AUGCAACUCCUGUUUAAUUCUGAAAAUUUACCCCUGAUUCAGUGUCUUUCGUCUCACUUAAAAGCAAGGUCUAUUCGACCUGCCAUUUUGCCGAUCCGCUUCUACCCUUCUGAGGGUUCAGAGGAGGAGGUACCUGAGGAUAUGGAUCCAGAAGACUUAUUUCGACAGGUAACAUUCAAGCAAAUGCCGGCGUUUGGCUGGCGUUGGAAUCGCAGUAGUUGGGAUCGCUUCUGCCCAGUUUCACUUUACCAUGGACAAAAGGUCAUUGGGAAACCUUCUCAUGCUGUCGGGUAA